CCGGAAAGUGCGCCAGAUACUCGCGUCAAACACUGUUUGUGUAUCAACAAUGGCAGAUAAGUUUGUGUACUGAAUAUAAUAACAAAUAUUGCAGCGUUGAGACAUCGGUAGAUCUCACCAUGCCACCCUUAGACUGGGAUAAGCUGAUGGCUGCAAAGCCAUCGGAACUCUCAGAGGAAGAUGUGGAAGAAUUUUAUGAGUCUAUUGUCUCGUACAAUCCCGAGGAUGAAUCAAACGCAGGAAGACUACAGAAGUUAUUUGACGUCUCCAGGGUGAUCAUGAAAAACAAGCAUGAGUCAUGUGAGGAAAUUAUGGAGGAGUAUGAGAAAGAGGUCAAAGCCAGCAAGAAAAAAGAGGAGUCGAUGGCCUCCAAAGAAAAGGAAAUGCAGAAGAAGAUAUCAGAGUUAGAGAAAUAUGGAGGUGAAGGAAGUGCAGGGGGUGGGGGAACCUCCAGGAUGGUUCGCGACCAGAUGCGUGACCUUGAGAGGCAGAAUGAGGAGUUAACUUCAGAACUUCGGGACAUCCAAAGUGAGCUAACCAAGGAGAAGAGAGCUGCUGAAACUUACAGUGAAAAGAUCGGUGAGAUGGAGAAAGACCUAAAAGAAUACCGUGAAGAGAAUGACAGAUUGAAGAGUGAAGUUAGUGACUUCAAGAUGCACAUGGAAGCCCAGAGGGACAAGCUAGUCUCCACCAAGGGAGGGGAACUAGAUUACAGAGAAAAAAUGGCCCGCAAAAACCGUGACCUGGCAGAGGCCAUGGAGGAACUACAGAAUUUGACUGAUGCCAAUGAGGAAUAUCAGAAACAAGUGGAGGACAUGAAGGCUCAAAUUGAGGAUGCUGUAGGACAGGUGGAGAGGACGACUGAGGACUAUGUCAAACUAAAGCAAGUUCUAGCUCAGAGUGAUGCAGUGACUGACAAACUGAGAGAAGAGAAUGAAGUCUUGAAAGCUCAGGUGAUUGAUCUCAAUGAACAAGUGCAGUCCAAGACAGAUGCAGACGAUGCCAUCAUGGUUGCCGUUAACAACAAAGUGGAGGAGUGGAAGGAAAUUUUACAAGAAAAAGAUGAGCAGAUGCUGGAACUUCAGGAGGAAAAUAUUCGUAUGAGAGACCAGUUAAUCGCAGCCAACAUGGACGCGGACAAAGCAUCAGUGGCCGCACUGUCCAAAGUGGUCAAAGAAAAGGACAAGCAGAUCGAGGACCUGACCGAGCAAAUCAAGCAGUUUGUGGACGAGAUGGAGAAGAACACGGCCAUUAUUGAAGAUUUGCAGGCAGAACUGAAAAAAUCUGGGCUGGGAUCAGGUGACAGUCAACAGAAAAAGAUCCGAAAUCUACAAAAGGACGUGGAUUACCAACGGGAGAAAGUGACAGAACUGGAAAAAGAACUCAAAAUGGCGGAUCGAGACGCUCGAGAGAAAGACAGGGAGCUGACAUAUGCCCUGGAGAAACAGAGGAAGUAUGAAAAUGGAGAAUAUGGCUUGGCUGAGGCGGUACAGGAAAUUAAGGACUGUAAAAAUCAGAUCAAAGUCAGAGAUAGACAAAUUGAGGAACUGACGAGUCACAUUAACAAAACUGAGAUGAAAAUUAACGACAUUGAAGAAGAAAAUGAAGAGUUGCGCUUCAAGCUGGGGAUGGACCCCCGGGAUCCUCUUGACCUGACAGAAUUUCGUAAAAACAAACAACUGCGCAAAGAGGAGGAAAAGGCCCUGAAUUUCAUCUUACAGAAGGAAGUCGAACGUCUGGAAGAUGAAAGGAUAGAACUGAAGAAAAAGAUCAGAAAGUUAGCCCAGCAAACAGGUCAAAGGGCUGUUGCUCUAGGACUGACAGCCGAGGACAUGAUGAGUGUUUACGAAUAUCAGGAAAAUUUGAAGGAGCAGAAGAAAGUCAAAGAACUGGAGACCUCCACGGCUGAGGUCAUCAAACGAGAGGUCGUGCACCAGCAAAUGGACGCACAGCAUCGAGGUCACGAUGAAGAUUUUGUGAAGAAUUUGAGAGAGAUGGACAAGUUGUAUCAAGAGAAUUCGCGGUAUAAAGCUGAGACGGAACAACUGAAGGACCAGAACAAACAACUGGAACAGGGUCUGAAGGAAGUCAUAGAAAACCUUAAAAAGUACACACCAGAUGAAAAGGCCCCAGAAAAAGGUGUUGCAUCAGAAGAGAUGAGAUUUCCGACCCUGGAGAGAAUGCUGGCUGCGAUAGAAGCCAAGAAUUUGAUAGGAAAUUACGACACCUCUAUGUACCUGAAGGCGCAAGUAGACAACCUUCAAGGUCGAAAUGAUGAGCUGCGACGAGAACUGAGGGAGACAAGGCACGAGUGUAAUAAAGUUAGAUCAGACCUGCAGAGAGCCAAGGAAAAGGUGGAGAAAUUGGAGGCGGAUUUGAAGGCUGCCCAGGAGUCGGGCGGAGGGACUGGGGGAUUGUUUCAGUCAAUCCCUCUCCCUGAUGCCAUGGCCGUGUCAAGCUCAGAUGUCAUUUCUAAUCUCAACGAACAUCUCGUCACAGUACUGCAGGAGCUGAGUCUUAAGGAGGACAUGAUGAAGAAGAUGGAGAAUUCUUUAGAGAACUACAAGAGGAAGUUUGCUGUCAUGCGACACCAACAGGGGCUGCUGUACUCUGACUAUCUCAAAGACAAAAAGGAAUGGGAGGAAGAAAUAGACAAAAUCCAAGAGCAGCUUAAGAAAGUAAAUGGAGAAAGAGAAGAGGAUGCUGUACAAAUUCAGGAAUAUAAUAGGCUGAUUGAAACACUGUCGAAGGAUGACACGGAGGUCAGAAGGAGGCUAUCAGACAUGACGCGCAGAAUCACUGUGCUACGUGUCAAUGAAAAGGCACUGAUAAGGCGACACAACACGAUGGAAGAAAUCGAAGGACAGCUACGCAAGGAAAUCCAUCGGUACAAAAAUGAAAUGGCUUCCAUGGAGACAGCGGUACAGGAGAGAAUGGGAUAUCUACAGCGGUUCAAGGAUAUGGCGACCUUUAAGAUUGCCUCACUACAGAAAGCUCUGGAGGACUCUGUACCUGCCACCGACCUGGAACUGAUAAACAAACGCUACCAUGACCUGACAGAGAAAUACAGAGACACGUUAGAGAAAGGGAACACAUUAGUCUCCAAGGCCGAGGCUCUCAUAGGACUAGAGAACGAGGUGAAGCGGCUGACAGAGGACAAUGAAGUUAUGAAGAAAACUCUGGGUCUGGAGAAGGAAAAACUUCACGCUCUGGAGGCAGCAGUGGAGGACCUCCAUAAGAGAGGCAUAACAGAAGGAACAGAGAUCAAGAUCUUGACUGACACGGAUGUCAUCAGCGUGUCAAAGAAAAUCACGACACUAGAAAUGAAGGAAUUAAACGAACGUCAGCGAGCUGAACAUGCCGUGAGAAUGUACGAACAACAGAAAUCUAUAUUACAAGAUCUGGAGAACAGGAACAAGGACUUGGAGGAGAAAUUUUCAGAGAUCACAAAGUCAAAUCUCGAGCUGCAGAAAAUUGAGAGAGAACUGAGAGAUGAGCUGGCCAAUUCUGUCACCAAGGAGAUAUCAGAGUCAGACAGGAAGAAAAUCAUAGAACUCGAGGAGACGGCAGUAGGCAACAGAAACGAAAUCUCGAAGCUGAAGGAAAUCUCUGAAGUGGCCACAUCGCAGGUGAAAACCCUGGAGAUGGUACAGCUGUCUCGGGAGAAAGAGAACGCCUCGCUCCGUCAACAGCUACUGGACUUCCAGAUACAAAGUGAUGAAAAAACCAUUAUUGGAAAGUUACAUCGCCACAUUGUGCAGCUUCAGGUCAGCGAGGGGACAGCCGUGCGGCGCCUCGAGGAGUGUCAGAAAAAGGUCAACAAGCUGGAGGCGCUGGUCCUCCGUCUGGAGCAGAAACUGGAUGACAAGGACCAAACUCUGUACCACAACCGAUCCGAGGCCCAGGGAAAGGUCAACCACCUCAAAAGGAACCUACAGGAGCUGCGCAUUCAGUUUGCUGGGGCUGUGCCAUUAUCCAGACAGGAGAAGUUCUCCAGACAGAUGAUGCAACUUCAGCAGGACAAACAGAAACUGGAACGGGAACUCAAACAGGCUCGAGAACACCGUGACCAGGAAGAAGACAAACUAGCUGAGCUGAAUCUGAAGAACCGCAGCCUCCAGGAACUUAUCGCCACCUUAAAGGACGGGCGCGGUGCGGCCAAAGUGGCAGAAUGGCACGGCAAGAUGGACACCAUCAGACUAGAGGAACUGAAACAGAGGCGGCUCAACAGUAAAUUACAGGGACAGAUAAAGUAUUUGGAGGGAGUCAUCCGGAACAAUGAGGCCACUAUAGCAGACAUGGAAGCAGAGAGUGUCCGGAUUACCAAGGAUUGUGAAGAGAAGCAGCUGAGAUGGGAGCAUAGAGAAGUAGAGCUGGAGCGUACGCUGCAGAGAAUGGAGGAUCAGGCGCAGCAGAUUGCUGGGGCAGCAUCCAAGUUUGAGCAGGCGCUUGGCUCACUGCCAGACUCCAAACUUCCAGUUGCUAACCAAUUGGAGCAGGCCAUCACAACCAUCAAAAGCAAUGUCAAGGUCAUCUUGGACAUACAGGGUGAAAACAAAGUACUCAAAAAGAGGAAUGAGCAACUGGAAAAAGGUCUGCAAGAAGCUGAGAGAACUGUGAUAGCUCGAGAUAAACUCAUCUCUGAGCUGAGACUCAGAAUGCCCGCCACAUCUGAGAGAGAUGAGAUCAUCCUACGGGCGACCUCAAAGGUCAAUACGGCCAUGUCCCAGAAACCUGCAGAGAAAGACUUCCAAAGUGAACACUCCAUAAAAAUUGCUCAGUCAACCAUAUCCAGUUUACAGGCCAGGAUUCAACAGAAGGAAGAGACUAUUGCCAAAUACCAGGAGCUACUGAAACAGGCUCGUGACGACAUGCAAGAGAUGAACAAACGACACGAACAGGACCUCAAGAACAUGCAGCUCAAGAUCCAUCAGAACACGGACGCCGCGUUCAACAAGUUCAAGGAGGCUGCUCGGGACCUGAUGGCCAAACAGCAGCUGAGACAGCCACCCACAGAGAAACAGGCUGCAAAGAUCCAGGAACUGGAAGAUCAUUUGACGGAGCAGGACAACGCCAUGGCGGCCAUGAGUGAGAAAAUCCGACAGAGAGAAGAGGAGAUAGUCAGCCUUAGAGCCAAACUACAACAGGAGUCUAGACAGUUCUCUGUGCACAAAGACAGGUUAGGAUCAGAGAUGAAGUCUGAAGCAGAGAAGAGAGACUCAGAGAUGCAAGAACUCAAGAAAAUCAUUGAGCAGCAGAAACGCGACAUUGAGGUCCUGAACGAGGAGAUAGAUGCCGUCAAAGAACAAAACAGUCGCGCUCCAACGACCACAAUCAAAAACUUGGUGGAGAGGCUGAAGAAUCAGCUGGCUCUGAAAGAGAAACAGCAUCAGGCCCUCAGUAAGGCCCUGACGGAGCUAAGAGCGGACAUGGUUCAACAAGCACAGGAGACAGUGAAACAUCAAGCCACUGAAGCAGAACAAGAAAUCAAUAUUCAGAAAAUAGUGGACACCCACACAAGGGAGUUAAAUGAGAAGAUGGAUGAUCUCCAGUCAACUGUGGAGAGGCAAAGGAAGGAGAUAAAGAAACGAAAAGACACAGAAGCCACACUUCAAACGGACGUGGAUGACCUGCGGGAGGAAAUGGCUCGGAAGGACAAGAAUUUGAGGAGGUACAAGUCUGACAAAGAAAGGCUGGAGAUAGAGGUGGAGGAACUGGAGAAGAAAGUGGAAAGAAUGGGCAAGAUGGGCACACAGAGAAUCGGGGAGGAGAGUCGACAUAAGGAGUAUGAGGAGAUGAGAAGGAGAGUGAGAAUGCUGGAGGAGGAACUGAAGCGUAAGCAGCAGCAGCCAGAGAAACCAUACGAGAUCUCCAAGGAGACCCCACCCAUUAAAGAGCUCACAAAGGAAAAGUCUGAGGAGUUAGUGAAAUGGGAAGAGAAAAAGAAAUGGCAGAAGACAGUGGAGAAAAUGAGGACAGCUGUUAGAGAGAAAGAGGCAGAAGUCGAGAGGUUGGAAAAAUCCAAUAGAAUCCUGAAGGAUCAGCUGGACAGAGCUAUAAGGGAGAAGGAUCUGACUGAGAAGAAGUUAAGUAAUGCCCAGAGAGUCCCUGUUCCUGCCCCGCGGGGACCCCAGGACAAACCAGAUCAUGUGGUCGAAGAAUUAAAAACGAGAAACUACAAGCUACAUGAACAGGUGACCAGACUACAGAGGGAGUUAACUCUGGCUAAGGAUGUGGCAGUCCGUGAGGUAGAGGUACGCAACAAAUAUCUGACAGAACAGCUAGAGUCGAUGGAGCAAGUGGUGGCACAGAAAGUGUCGGCCACUUCUACACAGCCGGGGGAGGAUCCAAAAGGGGUGUCCAGAAGGGAAUUUCAGACUUUGUUUGAGAAGAACCAGAGUCUACAGAGACAGAUGCUGGCUUUGUCAGAGGAAAAUAUUGAACUGAAGUUUGAAAGUGAGCAGCACAGGAAAGAUGUCCCGAGACUCAAGGAGAGAAUAUCAGACCUGCAGAGUUAUGUAGAGGCCCUCAAACAGGAAAAUGCACAACUUGGGGGAAACACAGCACGGUCUUUCGAUUCGUCAGGUUCCAGCGGAGUCCGGAGGAUCGGAGACAGUGGGAAGACUGCUCGAGAACUAGAGAAGACAAUAGCCCUUCUGAAGAAGGUUGUAGAACGAGUGCAAAUGGAAAAUGAGGAAUUGAAGAAAGCUCCACAUGUGACAGGAAAUGAAGAACUGCAAAGUCUGAGACAGGAAAAUGCGGGAUUAAAGAGUCAGUUAGAGGAAUUACGAAUGAAAAUGGGAGCCACGCUUAGUGAGCGGUACACUACCACUCAGAAAGGCACUGCCAAAAUGAUGACAGACUACGAGAAAAUGAGAAAGGAUCUUAUGAAGGAAAUUGAGUCUAAUGAGAAGUUACGGAUGGAGAUCCGGAAUCUGGAGCUGCAGAAGGAACAGUUGAAUAGCCAGCUCCAAGAUUCUAAGUCCAUGUCCGGACUGGACCGGGAACGACCUGGAACAUCCGGAGCCAUGGACUCCAAGGGCUGGAAGUCUGCUGUAGUCACCAGGAUGUACGAGGGGAAACUCAAGGAUCUGGAGAAAGAACUGGACAAAAAGAACAAGUUACUCAGUGAUACCAAAACCUUACUGAAAGAAGCUGCAGAGAGAGAACAAAGAUUGCUGUCAGAAAACCAAAACCUCAAGCAGAAGAAUGCUAUCCUGGAGAAAUACCCCCAAGGUGCUAAAACAUCAGAUACGGGCUUAACACGGGAAUUUCAACAGGCCAGGUUGACAAUAGAUCGGUUAGAAAAUGAGAAAAAGGAGAUAUAUCAUGAACUUCAACUGUACAAACAGCAGGGCACAGGAGCACAGUUAUCAGGUGAUGUCAUCACCAAGGCAACAGCCUAUGACAGACUGAUGGAUGAAAAUGUUGAUAUCAAAAUGGAGCUGAGAACGAUUCAGACAGAGAAAGAUAAAUACAGACUGGAAAUGGAGAGGCUGAAGAAAGAAUUGUCAAACUUUGGUCCUGAUUUCUUUGAGGAAAUUGAAGAUCUGAAAUACAACUACAAGCAAGCUUUAGAGAAAAACAUCUUGUAUGAGGAGAGACUACAGCAAUUGGGGGCCAGAUAGUGUUCGGCACCAACAGCAUUGGUGAUUCCUGACUGUUACUGCCAUCUUCAGUGUUUACAUUGAGCCAGACGCUUCAGACUGUUAACACAUACCCAGCCCAUUUUCAGUAUCACUGAUGGGAGUUUAGGAUUGUGAAAGUUAUUUGGUCAUUUAGAGACUUAUCUGUCUAGAAAAGACUGGGCAUAUCCUUCAGGAAGUAUAAAUGUUUGAUGUGAGGUGUGUGUAGUGCUGAUCUCUUACACCUCUCAUUUGUUUAACAGAUAGGAUUACUUUGAAUGAAGUUUUUCAAAGGCUUAUGGAUGAGAGGGCAUUCCGAAACUGUAUUUCAUCCGUCCAAUUAUGCGAGAUUUUCAUUGAAAUACCUGCAUUAACAUUUUGACAAUUCUAUUGAGCAUAUUGAUAAAGAUGCGAGUCUGAGGCAAUGGAUUUUACUGAAAGAAAUGGGUAAACAUGCCAGUCAGUGGAACAUUUUUUUCGGGGUGGGAGCGGGAGGAUGGGAUAUUUUUUUCUUCAUUAUAUAACAACAUAGAACUGUUCAUGUUGUGUUGUAGUUCCAGCUGUGAUAUUUUUUAUAAAAAGCAUGUUGCUACACUUGAUAUUUGUAAAUAAGCAUUGGUGAAUUGUACAGCAUGCACUGCUCGGUAUCAUUAUUUACUUGUAUGUCUUAUAGAUCUGGGGAAAAAAUCAUUUUCCGUCCUAUCAGCAAGAUUAUUUACAUUGUGUAGCGAAGUUUAAUAUAUUUACAUAUAAAUGCAUUUUUGUGCAAGAAAUUG